GGUGUCACAGCACGCCAGCUGUCCAGAACGCCGUACACGCGUUCGACGACGCGCCUGCAUGUCCGACACCGAGUAUGACGAGAACGGCGCCGCCGAGGAGUUUGUGGAGCUCGACCUCGACAAGACCCUCACGUGGACGGGCAACGCUGUGAUUGUCCAGCGCGGCACCGUGUUCCGGAUGCCGCUGCUCGUGCCCUACCCGUCGGUGCUCGCGAUCCAAUUCGAGGUGGAGGGCGGGUACGACAUUGAGUUCUCGCUCACCUUCAAGGAUGACCACGAGCAGGACUCUUCCGUCCUUGUCGAGCCCGUCCGCGUGAGCGACCGCGAAGGCCAGCUCGACAUCGACACCACGGGCGUGUGCGAAAUCAUCUGGUCCAACGAGCACUCCUGGAUCUCGAGCAAGACCCUCUCCUACCAGCUUCAGGCGCGCGGGCUGGAGGGGGCCGGUCCCCGAGAGGCGUGGUGGGGGGCGGGCGGGCGGGGAGGGCAGCUCGCGGCGCUCACCGCCGCCACCGACUUCCGCAUGCUCGCGGCGGUCGAGAUGGCCGAGAAGGUGGAGGAGGACUUGCGCUCGCUCAAGACGCGCACGGCCGACCUGCAGCAGUCCGCGUCGGGCGCAAAGGAGCGGACGGCGUCGGCGCACGCAAAGCACGAGCGGUACCUCUCGCACGUGCGCAGGCUCGAGGAGGAGGUUGCGGCGGCGAAGCAGCACGCGGACGCCGCCGCGCAGGAGCUCAAGGCGGCGCACGCGGCGGAGGCGGCCGCGCACCGCUCGCUCGUCGCGCUGCAGCGGGUGAGGCAGAUCGACGACGGCUUGACGCCCGUCCUGUCGCAGACGCUGGAGCACUGCGAUGAGCAGCUGGCCGCGCUCUACGGCGCGUACGCCGGCAGCCUGUACGCGCCCGAGGAGGGCGAGGAGGCCGCGGCGGAGGAGAGCGGCGGCGUGCUGCUCGACCGCGCCGAGUUUUUGCACUUUUUGCAAGACUUCGAGCUGCUCGGCCGCGGGACGCCGCCGCAGCUGCUCUGCGGUGUCUUCUCGGGGUGCCCGCAGCAGCUGACGCCGGCGCAGUUCCGCCGCUGCUUUGCGCGUGCCGCGCUCGCGCUCGCGCCCGAGAUGCUCUCCGAGCUCGAGCACGCCGAUGCGGCGCCGAGAGACCCGGACUCGCAGCCGCCGACGCCGACGGGGCCUCAAAAAGGCGCCGACGGCAACGCGGUGUCGCCGCCGCCGACGCCGAAGGGGGCCUCGAAAGGCGCCGACAGCGACGCGAUGCAGCCGCUGGACAAACUGCUGUGGCUGCUGCGCAUGCUCUCCGAGAAGGCGCGCUGGGUCAAGCUGCCCGUGCUCGAGGUGCGGAGGCGUGGCGCCGCCUUGCGCGCGAUCGCGGAGCUCGAGGCGGCUCUCGACUCUCUGGGGCUCGAGUCCCAAUCAGAGGGCUGCGCCUCUUGCCGCGGCAGCAGGCCGGUCAGCCGCGUGUUCAACGCCGCCGGCUCCGAGUCAGAGCGCGAGGCGCGCGGCUGAGGUGCGUGGAGCCGGCCGCAGGGGCCUCCGCGCGCCUGCCCCGCCCCCUCUCGCUUGGAUGUGCGGCGGUGCAGCGCGCACGGGGUCAGGGAGGGCUGGCUAUUUCCGAGAGGUGAGAGCCAGCAGGAUGGAGGAGGGCCGCGCGUUGCUGCCCAAACGCGACGCUCCGGUAUGGUCGAGCUCCGUCGUGUGUGGUGGAGCGAGGCGGCCUCCAGCUUUUCUACAGUUUGCUGUCUUUCGUAUUUGGCUUGGUGCACUUGGUCUGUUU